UUUUGGAAAGGAGAUGUUUCUUAUAGCUGAAGAAAAAGUUCAUUUAAUAAUGGCUUGCUAGUUACGACUGCCAACCUGCUUACUCCAUCCUUUGAUUCCUCAUGAUCUUCGUCCAGAAGUUCCCUCUCGAUCCCUUUCUGCAUCUUUAAUGCGUGUUUUUCAACUCUUCCGCUUCUGCAUCUUGUCCUGAAGUGUUUUCCUUCGGCUCUAGGGUGUAAAAGUUAAAUGCUUUCCUUCCCUUCAUCUUUCAAAGGCUGACCUAACCUUCCCAUUCCUUUCCCUUUACUUUCCUUUUUAACUCUCCUCCCUUGCCCUUCCCUCCUCUCUUCUCCCCAAACCAACCGGUCAAGAUCGGAGAGAAUGCAGACCGUCUUGAGUUUCAGCGUUCAUGGCCUCCCUCUGUGCGUCUCGGGCUUCAGAUCGUGUUUGUCCCUUUCCGUGGAGAUGGCGGAUCACGACAGGAGGAGAGAAGCCAUCAAAACGCAGAGAUCUGGUUUAUCCACCCAUGGGCUACCCACAAGCCAGGGACUGGAUUCUCUUGUAUACUGCCAGAAAGCCAUGGAGAUGGUGAACGAAGAAGGAGUGCUGGAAGAUCUGUUCUUCUGUAGGACCUGUGCUAGGGCUGCUUAAUUCAGUAGCACAAAUCUCAUUGAUCUUAUGUGUAAUUUAUUGUAAAAGCUUGAUUCGAUGCACGCGACCCUUUCCUUUUGUUUGACGAUGUUUCAAGAUCUUCGAUCUUGGUAGAUCACUGUUCUCUUUGCUUACAUAGUCUGCAUUUGUAUGACACAAGGUUUGCAGCAUAAGCACUCUUUUUCUCUC